AUGGCGAGGAGCCCUUGUUGUGAAAAGCAGAGGAUGAAAAGAAGAGCUUGGCCUGCCGAAGAAGAUGAAAUCCUCAUCAGCUACGUCAAGAUUCAUGGUGAAGGCAAGUGGAGAAGUGUUGCUCAGAAUGCUGGUUUGAAUAGAUGUGCCAAGAGUUGCAGGCUCAGAUGGUUGAACUACUUGAGACCUGGCAUUAAACGCGGCUACAUCACCAAGGACGAAGAGGAUCUCAUCAUCCUGCUCCACCGCCUUCUUGGCAACCGGUGCGAAAACCUUUGA